CCGACUCGUAUUACACGGCUUUUCUUCAGAAAGGAAGUGAACGAAUUCAUACCGAGUACCUGCAAAUAAGCCGUGAUGACAGACCGCUACAACAUUCACAGUCAGCUGGAGCAUCUGCAGUCCAAGUACAUUGGGACGGGCCAUGCAGACACCAGCAAAUGGGAGUGGCUGGUGAACCAGCAUCGGGACUCCUAUUGUUCCUACAUGGGCCACUUUGACCUGCUCAACUACUUCUCCAUCGCUGAGAAUGAGAGCAAGGCCCGAGUGCGCUUCAACCUCAUGGAGAAGAUGCUGCAGCCUUGCGGACCUCCAGCAGACAAGCCCGAUGAUGCCUAGCCACAUAAAAAUGUGGAACUGGGGAGGAGAGCAUGGUUUUACCAGUUAUUCAGAGUCUGUGACCCCCAUGCAAAGUCAUGAAGCUGAGCACAGGCAUCCCGCAGGGUGAUUAAACAAAAUAUGAGACAGAACACACAGGACUCCCGAAUGGACCAGCAAA